GUGCUUCUUAUGUACUUGUCGUCAUCUCGUACUACUCGAUCACUUCCAAGAUAGUACAUUCACGGUCCAAGGACUCGUUCUUCCUGGUUACCGUUAGAAGAUUUGAAACUCUUGUUUUUAUGACUUUCGUGAUAGUGAAGUAGCAACGACGUCACUUCGGGCAUCCGUGUCUUAUCCCACGGUAAGAUUAGAACCGUUAUAUUUGGCUUCCUUAACUAGUCUGAAUUCUGCGCCGGCGUUGAGUGCAGUUCAACAACAUGUCGGUCAAGCUUUCUCCUGCGAUCAAGCAUCUGUUAACAGUUAGGAAUCCCAACGCACCACCGGCACCCCCCAUCGCAAAGCUUUUUAGUGUUUUAAAAUCAACUCAUAGCGAUGCAAGGCAAAAGCAGGCUGUCAAUGGAUGGUUGACAUUGGCAACAUGCUCUUUGCUGACAGCAAAUAUGCCGUCUUCCGUGGGCCACCUGUAUCAAGUCGCGACUAGAACUGACCCUGAUGUCGCUUCAACGAGACUAACGGUCUCAGAAGCGACCAACAAGGCUGCUCUCAUCCGUGAAGCUGCCCUGAAGAGCACCAUCUUCAUUGGUGUGCCAAGAGUUAUUUUGUCGCUUGCAGGACUACAGGCCUUUCUCGAAGAUGACGUGAAGGCAGGCCUUCGGAAGGAGUCCAGAAGGAUACCAACUCGUGAAAAUAUCGAUGAGCUGCAGGCCCGGGGCAAAGCCUUGUGGUCUUCCAUCUAUAAACCUCACGCGGAAAAACUUCAUGCAAAGCUGGGUGCCUAUCAUCCGGACUUCAUUGGUGAGACUUCUAUUCUUUCGAGCUUUCUCCGUCCGACACUACGGGCGUUCCUACGCUAUGGACUUGGUGCUGCAAAGUCUAUCAAGGUUCCUUGGAAUGAAAUGACGACUUUGGGAUUCGCUUACGCUCUUUAUAGAAUUUAUCAUACAAGCCUAUGGAUCGGUUUUGGCCCCUUUGCCCGGAGGGGCAACUGAACAAGGUAAUCUCAGUCGCGCAUUAGGCUCGGUCGUAGGGAUUGCUUGUCUCCGUGCUGAAGGCGGCGUUGGUCCUCAGUUGAUCAGCCACGUUUUCGGUCUGUUGAAGGCACGAGAUGAGGAUGGGUUAUCCGAUGAGGAUUAUUGGCUGGCCAGUGAUGAAGGGACUGAAUGGGUCAUUCGUACGGUAGACCAGAUCUUAGACGUGGUCAAGCCGGAAUCUGGCCAGCAUGUGGCGGCGAAAUUAUGAGUAGUGUACUUACGUUUGGCGGUAAAAGAGCUGCUUCGUAUAUAAAGCUAUUAAUCGGGA